AGCGUGACUCGACAAAAUAAAAGGGAAGGGUAUAAAAGACCAGGCGAGAAUGACGAGUAAGGACAUUUGGAAUAAAGCUUUAUCAUGGCGGAGGAAGCCGAUCUUCUUUCCAUCGGAAAACAUUGUAGUUUAGCGUCGUGCAAACGACUUGAUUUCUUGCCAUUUCAGUGUUCUCACUGCAAAGAAAUUUUCUGGUACGUUUACUUCUUACCGUGUUAUUUUUCCCUUUGAAAAGUCGGAUUAUACUAAAAAUUAAAACUGAGAUGGAAAAUGGGAUCAGGGAAUCGUGGAAGUUUUUCGACGGUUUUUUUCUCCGGCCAGGUUUUGAUACUUUUCUUCGUUUGGAUCGACGACUGAAACUUUGAGAAGUUGAAAUUAGAAGUGAGUCUUGAACGUUCUUAGUUCAAUGAUUAUUUUCGUAUCUUUUGCUUGUUUUAGUUUAGAACAUCGAAGCCCAGAAGAGCACAAGUGUUCGAAUUUUAGCUUAUCAGAUGUAAGUAUCAACUUUUGCAGUCAGUUUGAGAAAUUUCAGGAGUUGAAUCAGGGAUAUUAAUGACACAAUUCUGCAAAACCAUUGUUGAGAAUUACAAUGUUUCUAUAUGAUUUACUCAGCAUGAUCAAAAAUAAAUAUGCAGAGUAUUGAUGAAUUUGCAAUUUAUGAGCAAUUUUCACCAGCAGUUGUUGACAAUUAUGUAUAGGAAUCAAUAAACAUAAUAAUUGCCAAAAAAGUAUCCUUGAAACGUUCGCAACCGUCUUCUCUCAGAUUGCUCGGAAAGAGGAUCUUGCCUGAUUUUAAACUAAUUUUUAAACUAAGAUUUUAACUCAGAAAAAACAAGAUAAUUUACUUAUAACUGAAAGAAGAUUAAAAAAUAUUGAUUUUAGGUUUUAAUUGGUUAAAAAAAGUUGUGAGUGACCUUUACAAACUUUUUUUGUUUCUGUCAAUUUUGUUUCUUUUUUCCUUAAGGUUCAUGUUCCUGUUUGCCCAAUCUGUAAUCAAAUUGUAAAGAAGUCCCUAAAUGAAGAUGUUAAUCAACAGGUCAGUUUGUUACAUUUCAUGUAUAUGUCUAGCUUCUCUCUGAGGUUGUAUUUAGGUAUAUUAUAUUUUGAUAUAAUCAUUAGCAUUCUAUCAUGAAUGCAGCAAUCUGAUUGCCUUGUUAUCACUUUGUUAAUUGAGGGUGAGUGCAGCAAGUAGCUUAACAUUGAGUGGUUGUUAACAAAAUAGAAAAAAUCAAAAGCACAAGCUUGUCUUGUCAUUAAGUUCUCAAUGACUGGAAUAGUUAUUUAAAAACAAUGCGAUUAUUGAAUCAUAAUGUUGUUGAUAAAUAUAUUUGGAGCCCAGAAUUUUAAUAUAUUGUUUCAUUUUAAAAUCCAGGUUGUAGGAUAUGUUAGAUUGUAGAACCUAAUGUUAAUUUUUACCUCUUCUGGUACAUGUUGAUGCAAGUCACUGGCCAUCCAGUUCCCCAAUAUAUUAUAUUUUAUAGCCAUGAGAUAUUUUAAACUUCAAGUCUCUUCACAGAGAAGAUGUGUUUUCGUAGAAACAGCUACUAGUCUUCAGUAUUGAAAAUUAAUCACAUCAACAACUUUGGUCUCUUGAAAACCCCUCAUCUAGGAGGUGAUUGACAUGUGUCACUCAUGGAGGUCUUGGUGUUAACAGGGUGAUUUCAUGAUACAGUGUACCCAUCUGUUAGUAUAUUUAUUCUUAAUACUGUUAUUUGCCUUAAUAGGUUGAAAGACAUAUCCUCAGUGGCUGUAAGAGCCUUGUUGUGGGAAAACCAAAGAAAAGUAAUAAGUGUUCUUUGAAGACUUGUCGUCAACAUGGACUGAUGCCAUUUGUGUGUCAAGAAUGUAAUAAGAAUCACUGCAUAAGGUAAGCACUUGCCAACCAAUCUUGGAGUAACAAAAGUGUUCUUUUGUUGUUCCUUCACUCAACCAUGUAAAAUUUUGUUGCCAUUUGAUAAUUCAUAACCCUUUAACUCCCAAGAUCUGAUUGUCAAUGAUCCACUCUAGUUGUUACACAUUUCCUUGUAAUUUAGUUUUGAGAAUUUGGUUUUAGAUCAAGAUAACAACUUCUUCGUGAUAACUUUAAGUAUUCUCAUCACCAGUCUGCUGGAUAAUGUAUGGUUAUCAUAGGGAGAAGUUACAUGUUAAUCACAGUUAAAGGGUUAAAGGUUUUUCAAGGGGGUGCAAUCUUGGAAAAAGUACCUCUUACUGGCCGAGUUUUAGGUUUGUACUGUAAUUUUUUAGACCAACUUUUUUCCAAUUGGAUUUAUGGCCCAAUGGCAAAGUGUGCAAGCCAUAAAUCAGCAUGAAAAAAAAAAAAACAAGAAUCUUUAAUUUACAGUACAGGCUAAGAAAAUGAAGUUGGUAAGAUACAUGUAUUUAUUACUCCUCUGGGUUCAAAUAGAAAGGGUAGAUUUCAAUUUAAAAGGAAAACUUUUGAACUUAUUGAGCCAUGCAGUGAAAUAUGGCCUACUACAUUGACCAAUCUCACAAAGCAUAAAUUUCUAGAACAUUCCUUACCCCUGCUCCCCUAGUUCAGCUCUGUUUAUAAACAGAUCCAAAUUUUAUUGUGUAACCUUAACUGAGAUAGAAAAUUUUGACUUGGGAAAGGGGGUACAUGAAAGGGGUACAUGUAAAUACCCAAAAAAGUUUCACAGUACUCUAAAAAAUAUUGCAUUGAUAAUUCAACAUGUAUAAACAAUGUUGUCCAUGAUUCGAGUUCACCUUGGAAACAGUAUGUGGAUAUGAAAUCAUAUAUUUUACCAUACAAUUUUAAGUUAAUCAUGUUUUUUAGUCUUUUCCUCAUUUUGAUUUUAAGGAAGUUACAAGGGUAGUGAAUUUAAAAAUGCCUGGCCUGCAGUGAUUCAUUAAGCACUUACUUGAAAAUUUUAGACUGUGGCUGAAUAACCUUAGCUGCACAAUCAUGUUAUUAUUACGAAUGUAAAUUCAUAAUACAUGAGACAUUGAUAUUCAUAUCAAAGGCUGACAAGAUUUCAGGAUCAAAUGAAAAGUUUGUGAGAUGGUCAAAUGCAUUUGUUUAUUGGAAGCAAUUUUCCAACCAUACGAGACAUCUAAGCAAGGAUUUGUCAAAAAAUGUUAUAUGUAAAUAUUUUUAGGAAGGCUGUGUACAACUGUGCCUUUUCUUUGAUAUUUUUUUCUGGUGAAUUAUUCAAUCACUAAUUUGCGCCAAAUAUCAAGAAUAUUUAAUUAUUUUCUCUUAAGUGGUCAUAAAACUAACAACUGUGUUUUUACUCUUUACAGGCAUAGACAUGCUGAAGAUCAUUUUUGCACAGCUCUGAGGGUUCCAAUGGUUUCCUGUGCAUGAGACCAAUGUGUAGAAAACUGUUAAAUUAUUUAAUAUGAACACAAAGUUGUUUUGCUUGAGUUUAGUUGUUACAUCAAGGACUCUGUGUUAAGAGGGGUUCAUUUAUAUGAAUAACUACCAGUAGAUUAACUUCAUUUAAUGAGCGCAUCACUUGAACUGAGUAACUAGUGGCCCUUAUUUGUCUUUUUUUCUUGGGAAUUCUUUAUUUUCAUAUGCUUCUUGUGAAACUCAGAAAACUGUGAACACCUUCAGGGCAUUUGUGUACUGAACAGUUGUAAUAAAUUUCAGCAGUGCAAGCAAACUUCAAAACCACAAACCAAAUACUGUUGUUGUUUGUAGUAUAGUUUUAUGGUAUCUGAUUAGCCUUUUCCUUCAAACACGUGACAAGAAUGUCCCACACAGAUUUCUUUGGUGUUGAUAGUUUUCAGCAUGAUACUGUAAUGUGGAAAAUUUUUAUUAGCCAAGGAACAUCACAUGAAAGUUUAUUCUUUAUAAAUAAAUUGUUCUAAUCUAUUGCUCUUAUUAUUAUUAUUAUUAUUAUUAUUGUUUUUACAAGUGGAAAAAUGUGAAAGUUGUUUUUCCUGUUUUUGAAUUUGUUAAAUAAUCAGUUACCAUUUGAUUAGUCGCACGUUGCCAGUUAUCGUUUUGAUGGGGCUUUACCAUAAAUCUCCAAGACCUUUUUUUUCUAAGUAAAUGAUUAGUAGAAAGUUUCCGUUUGCCUAAUAUAUUUUUGAGAGAUGUACAUAAUUUGGGUGUAAAUAAAGUGGAAUUUAAAAGAAGACAUUCAGAUAGUGCACACAAAUCUGUGAGAGAAGGAAAGAAGGGUGGAUCAAUGUUUUUGUUGCUUCAUUAAGAUGUGCAUGUACGGCCUGCCUGUUGUUUCGAUUGGUUAUAUGGUUAAAAAUAGCAUUCUAGGUGAUAAAAGCUAAGUUUUUUCGUUUGUCUCACGGUGUAAUCACUAGUGAUGUAG